UUUUAAAGAAUAAAUUUAAAUCAUAUUUAUUAAAUAUGGGAAUGUGUAUGUCAAAAAGAAAAGGAAAUUUUAAAACUGCAGGAACCCCGGGAAAGCAUUCAAAAAAUAAAAAUGUAGGGGAAAUUCGAGAAGAUGAUUUACAGGCAAUGUUUAGAGAAUUUGAUCUUAAUGGGGAUGGAUAUAUACAAAAAGAUGAAUUACGUUCAGUUAUGAUUAAAAUGGGUCAAUCACCAACAGAAGAAGAAUUGAAUGCAAUGUUUGAUGCUGCCGAUGCUGAUAAAGAUGGAAAUAUAGAUUUUGAUGAAUUUUUAACAAUUGCUCGAGCUAAUCCACUUUCAUUAUCUUUAAAAACCGUGUUUGAUGAGUUAGAUGUAGAUGGUGAUGGAUAUAUUACAAGAUCAGAGCUAAGAGCUGCCUUUCAAAAAAUGGGGCAUGAUUUAGAUGAUAAAGAGAUAAAAGCAAUUUAUUUACAAGUUGAUACUAAUAAAGAUGGAAAAAUUAAUUUUAUUGAAUUUACUGAAAUGAUGACAAGAAGGAAAUAA